AUGGCUGAGAAGAGCGCGAGUCACGGAACUCUGCUGCUCUCCGUCGUCUCUUUUCUUGAGUCUCUCGGCCUGAGAAAGGCCGCGAAGGCGCUGAGAAAAGAGGCUUCCGCUCAGAUGCUCGCGGGUGAGGAGGAGCUGUUCCCGGGCGAGACGCUGCCGGAAGUCGUGGCUGCAGGGCUUGCUGGCGAGAAGAAGAAGAAAAAGCGCCAGCGCGAGGUGCCGGUCGAGGAGGCGAGCGACGCCGCGCCUGCCGCCGAGGAACCCAAGAAGAAAAAGAAGGGACAAAAAGAGAAAAAGCGAGCCAAGGCCGCAGCUCAGGCAGCUGAAGAGGAACAAGAGGAAGACAAAGAGCCAGAGAGUUCACCGCCGAAGAAGACCGUGAAGGACGAAGAGGAGAAGGAGAGCGACGAGGACUGCGCAAAUGGGAGUGACGUGCACACCGACACCGCCUACGAAGGCAAGAGCAAGAAGGGAAAGUCACAGAAACAGUCCUCUGUGACGCAGCGCUUCAAGCGCAUCGACGAGUCGAAGUGGGUCGGCGCGAUCAAGAAGGAGGAUCUGAAGGACAAUUCGUUUUGGAACAAGAAAGACGACUCCUUCGCGGUGAAGGCCGCGCAAGAUUUGGGCAAAGUCCGCGGCAGAGACUUCCGCCACGAAAAGACCAAAAAGAAGCGCGCGAGCUGGCGCGGCUGCGGCGAGAUCCCCAUGGGGGUCAACUCCAUCCAGUUCGAGUCCAGCGACGACGAGUAA